CAGGCCGUGGGGCCCUAGCCCAGCCAGGCCCUCUCCGGCCAUGUGUUCGUCGGCCGGGCUGCCGCUGGCCGGCAGCACCCUGACACUGAGGGUGUCGUCGGUGGAGGUCCACCCGGAGGUGGUGCCGGUGCUGCUCUGGGGGCUGGUCGGGGAACGGCGUGAAGACUACAUGGUCCUGGGCCAGGCUGGCCAGGGCCCGGCGGUCGGCAGUUGGGCCCCCAAGCUGGCGGGUUGCGCCCCGGGGCAGCCCGGCAGCAUGUGCCUUGUGCGCUUCUCCGGCCGCUGGCACCGGGGCCGCGUGGUCGGUCGCCAGGCCCUCCAGUGCCGCGUCUUCCUGCUGGAUGAGGGCCGGACCAUCACAGCCGACCUGGCCUGCCUGGCCCCGGCCCUCCUGCAGGCCGAGGUGCUGGGCUGCGUGCUGGCCGGGCUGGUGCCGGCCACUACGGCCGGCGGCGGGGAGCCCGACCACUGGUCCCGCAAUGCCACCAGCUUCCUGGCCCGGCUGCAGGGCAAGGAGGUCGAGGGCCGGGUGCUGGACGUGCUCCUCCCGCAGCGGCUGGUCCUGCUCGACGUGCCCGCCUUGGCCCGCCAGAUGCACAACCUGGGCCUGGUCCGGCCCGUGUCAGACCAGGUCUUCCGGGCCCUCCUGAAGCGCUACCUGAUGAACUGGCCCCAGGGCCCCCUGGCCCUGGGGCCGUCCGAGCCGCUCGGGCCGUCCGGGCCCCCUGACCCACUGGCCACCAUCGAGUUCUUGCACCCGGGCCUGCGGGCCGGCCUGAUGGAGCGCAUGGUGGUCACGCAGGUCUCCCACCCGCACCACGUGUACUGCCAGCUGCACAGCUUCACCGGGGAGGUGGCCCGCCUGGCGGACAGCAUGGCGGUAGCCUACGGGGGUCCGGCCCAGGUGGCGAGGGCCGAACCCCCCGCCAAGCCGGGGUCCCCAUGCGCAACCUGUGGGCCGGAUGGGCGCUGGCACCGGGCCGUGCUGCUGGAUGCUUCCAGCCCGCAGCGCCCGGCUCAAGUGCUGCAUGUGGACUCGGGCCGGAAGGAGCUGGUCAGCAGUGGGAGCCUGCGCGCCCUGCUGCCCGAGUAUUUCCGCCUGCCCGUGGUCACCUACCCGUGCGCUCUGUACGGGCUGUGGGACCAGGGCCAGGGCUGGGACCGCUCACAGGUGAGCCGCCUGCGGACGCUCCUCUUGGGCCAGACAGUGAGCGUCAAAGUCGAGUUCUACAGCACCCUGGAGCAUGUGUACUACAUCACUCUGUAUAGGGAUGAGGGGAUCAACUUUAACAGAGUCUUCGGGGUCCAGGCCUGCUGCUUAGUCGACAGAAUGCCGCUUGGGCUCGGGGCAGAAAACAAGGCCAGGGGAGGAGAAGAAGAAGAGGGGGAGGAGGAGGAGGAGGAGGAGGAGGAGGAGGACCCAGAGUUGCAAAGGACACCUCUGGCUUCCUCCUCCUAUGACGAGCUACCCCGCCUCUCUCUGAAAGUGAUCCAGUUGAAGGCCAAGGCUUUCUAUGAUGCCCGGGUGGAGUUCGUGAAAGAUCCCUCCGAGUUCUGGGUGCGGCUGAAGAGGCACAACGAGCCAUUCGGCCAGCUCGCGAGGAACAUGUGUAGUUUCUACUCUUCUGUGGGGAAGAUGGACGGGGUCCUCGCCCGGCCCCAGCCUGACCGCGUCUGCUGCGUCAAAUGGAAGGACGGCAACUACUUCCGUGCUGUCAUCUCUCGGCCGGCGGCAGACAAAAGCGUGGAGGUGCACUUGGUAGACCGGGGCGACAUGGGGGUGGUGGGCAGCGACGAUGUCAAAGAACUGCUCCCCCAGUUCUGGCAGCUGCCAAUCAUGGCACUGAAGUGCAGCCUGGCAGGUGCUUGCCCUCUAGGAGGAAAGUGGAGCCCGGAAGCCGUUUCCUACUUCCAAAAGAUCGUGCUGCACAAGGAGGUGGUCAUCCACGUGCUGGGUAAGGAGGGAGGCCAGUACGCCAUCGAGAUCUUCGACACAGCCAGGAUCGGGGAGGAAAACGUCGGCCGGCGGUUAGCUCAGGCCGGGUAUGCCAGAUCCCAGGAGCUUGAGGAAGUGGAAGUGGCCACGCCAUCUGUCCACUCGGCCAGGCAGGCCGGCAGCCAGCAGGGGGCCGGGGCCUGGUGGGGCGGCGCGGAGCCGAAGCCAGAGGAAGGCGACCGACGGCAACUCCCCGUGGAGCCCCCGUCCGAAAGAGGAUCUACCACCAACCCCGUAAGCGUGCCGACCACUCGAGGAAAAGCCAAAUGCCCUCCAACUGCCUCCACAGCCCGGCAGGAUUACUGGGGCACCGAUUCGUGCUACCCCAUCCUAGGCCAGUUGGAAGUCGGGAGCACGGUAGAAGUGAAGGUGACCUUUGUCGAAAACCCCGGCAAGUUCUGGUGCCAGCUGACCAGAAACAUUCAAGAACUUGCGGGUCUCAUGAGCAAAAUUCAGGACUACUGCAAAACGUCAGCUAUCCCCCACCAGGGGACCGGUCCAGCUUGUUUAGCCAGGCGAGCCGAAAAUGGGAAAUGGUGCCGGGCUUUGAUUUUCGGUGAGGCGCUUCACCCCGAGCAAGUCGAAAUCAUGUUCAUUGACUAUGGCAACCGAGAGGUGGUGUCCGUAAAAAAUCUCUAUGCUAUCAGGGAGGACUUUCUUAAAUUAAAGGCCCAGGCUUUCAGGUGCAGUCUUUAUAACUUGAUUCAACCCACUGGCCUGGAUCCGUUAGUGUGGGACGAAACAGCCACUGUGGCCUUUCGGGAUUUUGUCGGUAGUGCUUGGGAACGCAGUCUGGAAUUAAAAUGCACAGUAUUUGCAGUAGCAUCCUUGAACCGUAAGGAGCUUUUCAAUAUCGUGGACUUAGUUACACCUUUCCAGAGCAUCUGCCACUUUUUAACCGAAAAGGGCCACACGCAGCCAGUGCAGUCUCAGAAUUCUCUCGCGCCAGGGGUUUGGCUCGAGUCGUAUUAUUACUCUACACAUGACAUCAAGAUUGGAGGAGAAGAAGCCGUCUGUGUGACGCACAUUGACAAUCCGUCGGCAUUUUAUUGCCAGCUUGCGAGAAGCGCCACUGUACUGGAACGGCUGUCGCGUCGCAUCAAUCAGGUCGCUCAGGUCUGGCAAAACCUCAGAACCACCAUGCUGAGUCCUGGAACCCUGUGCCUUGCAAAGUAUAAUGACCAAAACUGGUAUCGGGCAAUAGUGACCGAAAAGGAGAUGUCUAAGGAAGUGUUCUUUGUGGACUUUGGAAAUACCUACGAGGUGACGCACGAUGAUCUGCUUCCUCUACCCGGUGAUGCCUAUGACCUCCUACUUUUGCCAAUGCAAGCCAUCAAAUGUUGCCUGUCUGAUGCCUACGACCACAUCCCCAAAGAGGUCGCGCUCUGGUUUGAAAAGGCUAUCCUGGAUCAGCCCUUGAAGGCUAUGGUGGUAGCCAAAGAUCCCGAAGGCAGACUGGUCAUUGAGCUGUACAACGAAAGCGUUCAGAUUAACGCAAAAUUAAAUGAGAAGUUAAGUUUGCUAGGUUACAAAAGCUCCCCAAAGUUGGUAGAAAGUGAUGUUUUGCUUUCCACUGUAGCCGCAAGAGAAGAAAAAAGCGAAAAUAGGAAAUCACCUGUCGGACUUUUAAGUAAAUCAGUGGAAAGCACGGGUGGCCCGUCAGAGAUCCUGAAAGAAUCCUCCAGACCUAAAAUCAGUUUAGCCUUUCAAGAAGUGAAACAACCCCAAAGCUCAACAAAGGCCACUCUGUCGACUAAGGGUCCGGAUUACAUAGAUGAUCAAGGCUUUGAAGCUGCCAUCUUCGACAACAAGGUGCAGGGGUCUCCUAUCCAGUCUCCGAUAAAACCCAUACCCAAAAUAGGUGCCUCCAUUCCAGAGGACCAUGACGACAAUGAAGAGUCACCUCUUAAACUGUGCGAUCUUCCUCAGAAGAAUAUUGUUUCUGGUCUUAAAACCAAUAUCUACGUGUCUCACGUAAACAACCUGUCGGACUUUUACGUGCAGUUAACAGAAGACGAGCUUGAACUCGGUGUUGUUUCAGACAAGUUGAACGGCCCUGCAACGAGACCGGACUCCAUCAUCAGGCCACCGUAUCAAGAGGGAGACUUGAUCUGUGCAGUUUUUUCGGAAGAUGACUUGUGGUAUCGGGCGGUAAUCACGGAGAAGCCGUCCGGGGACCUGAUCCCCAUCCAGUUUAUAGAUUACGGCAACACCUCAGUUGUGAAGGCUAGCAAUAUCAGCAGUCUUGUCGGGCCUGUCGCCGCAGUGCCGAAGAUGAGCAUCCACUGCUCCCUGGGGAGGAUUCCGCUCUCUGAAAUGACAAACUGCCCCGAGAGUGUGGCUUACUUCUCCCAGAGGACAAACGAGGCCCAGGUAAAGUGCGAGUUUGUAAAACAGGUAGAAGGUACCUGGGAAGUGAUCCUACACGACGAGCAGGGAGUGAUUGCCGAAGAAUUGAUGGUCAGGUUCAAGCUGCACGAGGGACCCACAGUCAAGGAAACGCCUGCUCCGGCCCUAUCAGACGACGACGGGCUGCAGAGCAGUUUACUUAGCUGGUGCAGGCCGGACAUUAAGACUCUAAGAGCUUAUGCCACUGUCAUAGACGGACCCGAAUAUUUUUGGUGCCAGUUUGCCGAGACCCCGAACCUGAAGCGCUUAGAAAGAGAAGUUCAGAAAGCAGGAGCGCGAGCGGUGGAGGGCGCGGACCGCAUGGUAGUCAUUCAGCAGGGCGACGCCUGCAUCGUCAAGUGCAGGGAAGAUGGGAAAUUCUACAGAGCCCUUGUGGCCAGAGUCAGGAGGGACCUCGUAACGGUCAGGCUUGUGGACAACGGGAACGUUGAGAAUUUUGGCCGAGAGGUCAUCUGGCACAUCCCUGAUGAGCUCUUGUCCAUACCCAUGCAGGCCUUCCCAUGCUGCCUGGCAGGACUCAGCACCUUGGAGGGGGUCUGUUCGACCGAGGCCAAGAACUAUUUUUUUGAAAUCGUGACGAGAGACGUAUUGGACGUCACUGUGGUAGAGUUCAAGAGCGAUGCCUGCAAUGUGCCUCUAGCAGUGGUGGGGUUGAAGUGUAAUGGGGAGAGCAUCGGUGAAAAAAUGAAGAAAUUCUCCAAGUUCGACACUGCGAACAGAUACACGGUCAAGGCAAGCUUCUCGAGCACUUGGCCGGAGAGGAAGAAAGAUCGACGCUUAGAAGCACCUCACAUGCACAGGCCCGAAGUUGGAACUGGAGAAAGGAGGAGGGUUUCCAGGGGCGGUCUGCUUUGUCCGGAGCUAAGUUGGAGCGACCGCUACUUGAACAAUGCCACAAACAGUUUGGAGACAUUUAAAGAUAACACCGGUGUGGUACAGAAAGAUGUGGCUCAAGCCUGUUGCAUAGAAAAGACAAAGGUCGAUGAGCGCUCACCUCGGAUUUCUGGAUUUGAACCCCUUUCUCCUCAGGGGAGCAAACUGAAGGAGGUGUUUGAAUUGGAUUCUCUUGAAAUACCACUUUCUCUAGAUGAUGAAUCGAAGGAGUUCGUAGAACUGGAGUCAUUGGAGCUGCAACUCUCCCUUACUGGUGAUGAACCAAAAGAAGAGUUGGAACUGAAACCACCAAGAGUGCAGGUUUCUCAGAGUUACGAAGUCAAGUUUCUGCCACUGAAGCCCUAUUCUGUGCCUCUGUCACUUGGUUGUAAGGCAGAAGACCGAGAAGCAAAACCCCAACCCAUGCGGUUUCCCGUGGAUGAUGACGUUCAAUCGUUUGCCUCAGAAAUGAGCCCCAAAGACCAGAUGAUGCACGUGGAGGACCUGAAAGAACCAAGUGGCGCAAAAUCCUCUGGCUGUGAGACCCACAGGAUUUCUGUUCGCAAAAGGAACCGUGGUUCAGAAAUGCAGAACGAAUGCCCCUUUUAUGAAGUGUUUGGGGACUACAGAAAUAUUGUCGUUGAGUUCCAGACCAGCCAGCUCUCAGAUGAAGAAUCCAGUAUGGGGGAAGACGAGAGGAUUCUAUCUACAAAACAUGUUGCAGGUGAAAAUGUAUAUUCUCUAGAUGGAUUUACGGUUGGCUCUAAGUGUGUCGUGUGGUCGAGUCUGAACAAAACAUGGUCUGAGUGUCAGAUCUUGGAAAUCACUGAGGAUGGUACCAGGGUUCUGAACCUUUUGAAUGGUAUCGAAGACUUCGUGAGCCCUGAAAAUGUUUGGAAUGGAAUACCAAAGUCAGAUACGAACCCCUGUGAUGUGGUUUUUCAAACUUCAGAAGAGAAUGCCAGCUCUAACCCCUUAGAGGAUACUACAGCUGAAGCUUCAGGCUUGCCCCUCGUAUUACCAGAAAGGAGCUCUGCUAAUGACUCGGCUUUAAGCAUGAAGGCUGAGAUGGGGCCUAGCAAUUCAGACAACACCCCUGAAUUUGUGAGGUCGUCUUUACAGGAGUUAAACCAAGAAGGUUCCGGUGAACUGUGAGUGCAUCUGUCUCCCAGAAGAGCCUGCUAAUGCUGAAAGGUUCUUAAAAGAAAAAUCAUAGAUCGUUACCUUGUUCACCUAGUUUUUGGGGUAGUGGUCUGCAUAUGAAGAAUAUACAGGGAGAACUCUACUCCCAGUUUUAGGGUUCAUUUUACAUAUUAAUUACAUGUUAAUUAAGUGAUGGUACUCUUCACCUGAUACUGUUUCAUCUUCAGGGUUUAAGCAGGGGCUAAAUCAAGUCUGAUGUAAGUCCAAGGAUUUGUGAACAGGGUAGCAUCAACCCUCCCGUAGCUGAAGAUGUACCAGUUAUUAAGGAUAGCAUAUUUCAGAGGUUAGAAUAGUGUUGAAUUUCACUUGGGUCACAUGUUUCAUAGAGCUUCUGUUUGAAUGUUGGGGUUAUUAUAAUACAAUCUAGCUUGAAUAAAGUUGACUCUUUGGACAAAA